GUCCUUUCUCUCACCUCUUUCCUCCCAGAUCAUAUCCAGCAAGUCUGUGUGAGCUUUUCCAGUCAGAUGGAGGGAGCAACACAAAGGAAGAGAUAAAGCCAAGAGCUAAGUCAUUAUUCUGGAGAGACCUGACAUACUCCCCUUUACAAGUGGUCACAGAAAUAAAGAGUAAAGAGUUCAUAAUUUGACAGUAACAUACAUACAGAUCCAAAGGCAAUACCAUCUCUGGCUACUGCUGCUGGCUCAAAAUGCUGUUUAUUCUAGGACUUCUCCUCCUUCUCACCCCAUGUCCCUCCUUUCAAUCCCCAACCAAUGAGAGGAGAAACUCCACAGGAAGCGACGCCACCAAACCGAAUCCCGUUUUCACCCUGUUAAAACCAAAAACCACUGCUACUCUCGCCAAACAGACCGUUCGCCCAACCCUAAAGCCAAACACAGUCAAUCAGACCGUUUUCUCCACUCCAGCAGUAAAGGUUUCUACAGUUAGUGAAGUCAAGGCUACCAAAGACAAGCCUGCCCUAACUGUAGUUCAAAAUGUUCAGUCAACAUCCCCAAAGUCUGCUCCCACCAGUGGCGCUAAAACCAUCAAAAACAAGCCCACAGCCUUCGUCAAUCAGACUGUUGUAGCUAAAUCCCCCUCCACCAAAGACAAGGCUGCCCCCACAGUAGUUCAAACUGCUCUGUCAACGCCAGCAAAGGCCGCUUCAGCCGGAGGCUCUGCAGCCGACAAAGAUAAGGUCACGUCCUCUCCCAAUCAGAGCGCUGUAAUCAAAGCUCCCACCGCCACCACCACAAAAGAAAAGCCUGCCCUUGCACAACCAAUCAAGGUGGUUAUCAGCGAUGGCUGUGACUCUAGCAAUGCCAAUGAGCAGGAGCUUAAGCUGAAGCCUGGCGCUCCUCUGGUGAUGACGCAUAAGAUCAGCUUGUUGCCUGGUGGCUGCACCGGGGGAUGUGAAGCUGAGAUGUCUGCACUGAAAGGACGCGUGGCCCGACUGGAAAGAGAGAUGUCCUCUAUUAAAGAAAAAUGUCCAUGUUCUGCAAAUUGUCCAAAUGACUGUAGUGGCAAUGGGGAAUGUGAGAAGGGAAAAUGUAUCUGCCAACAGGGAUUCAUGGGUCCAGACUGCAGUAAGUGUGCGCAAGGAGCUGAGUGUAAUAAAAAAGCCGCCAAGGGAAAAGUCAAGGUAGCCGUGGAAACAGUUACCCUGCAGGUGAACAAAGACAAGGAAAAUAUGCAGGAGAAAACCACCAGAAUAGAGCACACACUCAUCCAGAAGAAAGAGCAGAAGAAGGGGUCUGAAGCCAAAGAGACUGACACUAAACCCAAAGUGGCUACUAAUGCUAAAGCAGGUCUUGUUAAAACACAAGCAAAACAAGAAGCCUCAGUUAAAAAAAGCACUAUUAAAGACUCUUCAAGUGCCACAAAGACCAGUCGCCCAACUGUUGUGAAACAUGAGGGAAGAAAGCAGGAAGAGGCCCGCAAAGGCAAAACAACAGUCCUGAUCUCAAAAAAGGUCGUCCAAAAAACAGACCUCAAGCUUGUUAAGGAAGGAACUGUCAGUAAAACACAGCCUAAAUCUGACCAACUCAAAGAUGAACCUCAAACCAAUGUAACCCACAGUAAUGUGAAGAAAUCUAAUGGCACGGCUAAAAUUGUGACCAUUCUGACCAAGGUUGUGGGAACAAACAAAACCAGAACAGGGAAGGAGACAUUGGAGCAGUCCACACUGACUGACAAGAAUGUUACUCAAUCAUCUAGACAUAAACGCAUCAAGAAGGUCAAAGUAGACACUACAGAUGUGCAAUCUGUUGACAACAAAAACACUGAAGCUGGCAAAAUUGGAAAAGAGAAGGUUACACAGAAGAGUCAGUAUCUAGUUAAUUCAACCGUUGCAGCAACGUCGGGCGAGACUCGAGCUCUGCAGAAUAAAACAACUAUCCAUAGCUCUGGGAGCACAAAGAGGACGGGAGGAUCUGGAUUAGGUUCUGUAAAGGUUGUGAAUGUCUCCUCCUACAGCUUCACUGUCACAUGGUCAGCGCCGCAAGGGAUGUUUAAGAACUUCACAGUGAUCAGAAGAGAACCCCGGACGGAGGGUGACGAAGACGACCACGAGGAGUUUGAAGAGGAAGCUCUUGAAGGACUCAAGGUCAGCGCAGCUAAGAAUGCAACUGAAGUCCAGGUACAGAGCGAGAGCACAAACACAACUGCCGCCUCCAGUAAAGCUGUUGGAUCUCGGGGCAAAUCAGAAACAAAGAGGAUCUCUAUGGUGGUCCCUGGCAGCGUACGCUCUGUGGAGUUCAGUAACCUUCGGGCAAACACAGGCUAUGUCCUGCAUGUGUAUGGCACCGCAGCUGAGAGGAGAUCAAAGAUUCAUAGAGCAACUGCAGUUACAGGUCCUGAGCCAGCCACAGAAAUGGUUUUCAGCAAUGUAACAGAGUCUUCUUUCACUGUUUCUUGGUCCAAACCAAAGACCGCAUUCUCAGGCUUCAGGGUCACGUACACCAACAUCGUCACAGGGGAGAGCCGUUUUGUGACUGUGGAGUCUCAGCAAUCUCAUGUGGUUCUGUCCAAGCUCUCUGCUGGAUCCACCUACAUUAUCACUCUAACUACUACACAAGGCAGAGCCCAGAGUGACACUCUCACAUCUCUUAUCACCACAGUGCCCGCCCCUCCAACACAUCUGCAAGUUGUUAAUGUGACAGAUACCAGAGCUGUGCUGCAAUGGAUACCCAGUCUGGGGAAAGUAGACCGCUUCAUCAUCAGCUAUGAGUCCUCCAAAACUCCUAAUGUGACAGUGACAGUGAUGCUGUCUGGAAACUCAGUAGAGCACCAGCUGAGAGGCCUGCAGAGAGGCACCCUGUACACAGUCAAAGUCCUGAGCCAGAAGGACAGUCUGCAGAGCAUGGCCAUCUCAACUACAUUUUCUACUGCUAAUGUGGUUAAAGCCAGUGAGGUGGGUACUCGCUCUGCAGUGAUAGCAUGGAAAACUACCACCGUUGUUUAUAACAGCUACAGACUGAUCUACCAUGUGGCAGGAGAAGAGACAAAGGAGGUGAUCCUGGACCAAUCCAUCACAGAGUAUAAGCUGACAGGGCUGUUGCCAAUGUCACGUUAUAUUGUUCUGGUUCAAGGCGAGAGAGACGGGCAAUACACGUCUGUUGUUACCACAGAAUUCAUCACAGGCCAACUGCGUUUCCCCUUCCCUACCGAGUGCUCUCAGGAGCUGCUGAACGGAGCUCUGCAGUCAGGAGAGGUGGAUAUCUACCCACAGGGAAAAGAGGGGGGAGCAGUCAGAGUCUACUGUGACAUGGAGACGGAUGGAGGUGGCUGGACGGUGUUCCAGAGGAGGAUGAACGGAAAGACAGAUUUCUACAGAACCUGGAGUGAAUAUAGCGCCGGCUUUGGAAACCUCAGCGAAGAUUUCUGGCUCGGAAAUGAGCUUCUUCACAACCUGACUAGUGCCGGCCCUGUGAGUCUGAGAGUGGAUAUGCGAUCUGGAAACGACACCGCUUACGCUCACUACACCAAUUUCUCCAUUGAUUCAGUGGAGAAGCACUAUACUCUUACAGUGUCUGGCUUCACUGGAACUGCAGGCGACUCUAUGAGGUACCAUAAUGGACGCCCAUUCUCAACCCGGGACAAGGACUCUGAUCCUUUGGGGAUCCACUGUGCCAAGGCUUACAUGGGAGGCUGGUGGUACAAGAACUGCUACAAGACCAACCUCAACGGUCUUUAUGGCAUCAACAGUAAUAAUCAGGGAAUAGUCUGGAUAGACUGGAAAGGUAAAGACUCCUCCAUUCCCUUUGCUGAGAUGAAGUUCAGACCGUCCAGGUUCUCUCCUGCAACUCACGGCUAACGAUACAUCAGUCGUCAUACAUCUGGCAGAGAUUUAAAGUUCCAGAAAUCCAGAAGACAGAGGAUCUCACAGUUGCUGCAUGUCACUUUUUCCAACUGAAAUUGCAUGUACAGUGGUUUUGAUAGCUCUUAACAGCUAUCAGCACUUUUAAUUCAAUGCACAACUUAUUUUUCCUGAUCUGUUUUUUUCUGGAAAUAUACCAAAAGAGGGGAGAAAUGUUUUAUUGCAACUUUUUUGUAUCCUGUCCUACUGUUCUGCCUGACCUGUCCAUUUCAACAGUUGACUCUAAUACCUUUUUGGGCACCAUCAUGGUAUGCCACCACACUACUACUGUAAUUGAAUAUGCACUGUCUCACUCCAUUGGAAUAAAUGUGGCUAAUGUGA